UGGCACUUAGUGCAUUGCGAGCCGUGAACAGAACUGGAAGCUUGGAGCUAUCUGGGAGAAUGUUGCCGUUGGUGCUGUUGCUUCUCCUCGGCCAGAGCCAGGCGCUGGCCAUCACGAGCGGCCACUGCCAGAAGAACAUUAGUGUCAAGUACCAGGUGCCAUUGACCAGAACACGGCUCGUGAACAAUGCCAGCGAACAGUAUAUUGUGUACGAGGAGCGUGUACGCUGGGAUACGGUGCGCAUGUGUUGUCCGGGAUAUCGCACCAUUAUCUUUGGCUUCUGUGAGCCGAUCUGCACGGAGGCGUGCCCCGCCCACAGCUACUGUGUGGAGCCGAAUAAGUGUCAUUGCAUGCGCGGCUACGAGCCCUCGCAUCAUCCCAACAAACAGCAUCAGCUGAUCUGCCGGCCGAUCUGCCAGGGCGGCUGUCCGGAGCACAGCCAUUGCAUUGGCCACAACGAGUGCGAGUGCCGGCCCGGCUUCAAGGACGUCAGCAGCUGGUUCAGCAUGACCCUCAGCUGUGAGCGCAUCCAGUGCGGUCACGACCAGCGCUACGAUCUGCAGCGACGCGCCUGCAUCAAGAUCGAAAUGAGCAUGGAGGAGCUGAUGCAGCGAGUGGCCGAGCGACUGGCCAAGGGCCUGGAGCGAGACGAGGGAGAGCCAACCACUGAGGAGCCACUGGAGGAGAGCAAAGAUUGACCUAGCCCCAAGACCUAGUCCUAUAAGUACUAAUGUGUAAAUCUAUAUCAAAAUAA